AUGAGAUUGACUGGUUUCGUUUUUUUCCUGGUUGCGAUAGCCGAAGCCAAUUACUACAAUCCUAUACUUCCUGGCUUUCACCCCGAUCCAAGUUGUAUUCACGUCGACGAUGCUUUCUUCUGUGUAACAUCUACUUUUACAUGGUUUCCUGGUGUCCCAGUCUAUACGAGCACGGAUCUAAGCCACUGGAAGCUUGCUAGCCAUGUUCUCAAUCGAUGCGAGCAGCUUCCACAGCUGGAAAAUGCGCCAACUGGUCAAGAUGGCCUAUUUGCAUCAACAAUUCGCCAUCACAACGAGACCUUUUACGUAACAACUACCCACGUGUCUAUCACUUCCUAUAAGGACUUCGUCAUGCAAAACCUCAUAUUCUCGACAAAUGAUCCCUUCAAUGCAUCAUCGUGGAGCAUUCCGACUGAGUUCAAUUUCACUGGCUACGACCAUUCUCUCUUCUCUGACGACGACAACGACACUUUUUACUUCACUGGGGCUGCUGUAUUAUCUACUGGUACUGUUAUUGCGUUGGCAACCAUUGAUAUCGAAACAGGUGCCCUUGGGAAUGUCUCGUAUCCAUGGAACGGCACCGGCCUGGGGACCGCCGAAGGACCACACCUUUACAAGAAAGAUGACUGGUACUACAUCCUUGUUGCCGAAGGAGGCACUAAAGAACUGCACCGCGGCUAUAUCUCCCGGUCCCGGUCUCUCCAUGAUGAAGCAACUGGUCAUUGGUGGGGUGUUGCACUGGCAAUGCGUUCAGGGGCCAACUUUGAGACGUAUCCCAUGGGCCGAGAGACGGUCUUAUUUCCGGUUUCCUGGCCAGCAGGUGGCGGGGAGUGGCCGUGUCUGCUCGAACCCAUUCGAGGACAGAUGAUGGCAUCACUUCCUGGCACAAAUGUCAAUUCCAGCAGCAUACCUGGUGUAAAUGAGAGUGUUGAUGUGGUUGACUUUGAGCCAGACACUGUUCUGCCAGCAUAUUGGGUACACAUCCGACAUCCAUCUGAGUCAGCCACUCCUACAAAGGACAUCACUUUUGUCGGUCGAAGGCAGACAGAAACGCUGUUCUCGUUUAUCGUUGAUCUGGAAUUUGACCCUCAUUCGAUUGACGAAGAGGCGGGAAUUUCGGUGUAUCUGGACGAGAAAAGGCACAUUGACUUUGGUGUUUCGUAUGACAAUCAGACAGCGAGUUGCAAACGGCUUCGCAUUCGAAUCAUUCAGCAGCAAUGGUAAUAUCACUGUGCCUCAACCGGUCAUUACAGCAUUACCAUCAGAGUACCGGAUUUCUACACUAAUCCGCUUAGAAGUUCUGGCAUUGAACACGACGCACUACACAUUUCGUGCCGGUGUAGCAAACAAGCACCAGGCGAAAGCCGUUGAGAUGACUAUAGUCGGAUAUUCGAGUGCAGGCUUUGUCAGUGGUGGAUAUACGGGAGUUGUUGUCGGAGUCUAUGGAACUACAAAUGGUCAGCCUGUCAGAACAGGAUCAG